AUGGCAACAGUAAAUGAAACCAAUUUAUGUUCGAUUUGCAAUAAACCUUCAGUUAAAUACUUUUGCAUUGGAUGUAAAAAAUAUUUUUGUCCAAAAGACUUCAAGGAACAUGAACAACAAUUAUCGAUGAAAUUCGACAAUGAAAUAGUAAGAUCACACAACGAACUUCUUGAUCAAAUAAAAAAGUUAGAAAAAUCAAAUUAUUUAUCAUUGGAUCUUUUUGCUCAAAUUGAACAAUGGAAAAAAACAACAAUUAACAAAGUAGAAAAAGCAGCAGAAAGAGCUCAUCAUGAACUUAUUGAACUAAUCGAUAAAAAAAGAGUCAAAAUAACAGAACAACUUGAACCAAUCACAAAAGAAAUUCGUUGUCAUCGAGAAGAAGAAACUUUUGUUGAGAAUGAUAUUGAUCGACUUAAACAAAAACUGAAUGAAGUCCAGGAAACACUUCAAAAAUUUAUUCGAAAAGAUACAACUAAAACCAUUAUUAUUGAUGAUGAUCGAAUUGAUUGGAAUCGGAUCAUCUACAUUCAAGGAGAACAGCAAAACUGUGAGUAUGUUGAACUAAACAUAUAG